AUGGUGCUCCGAAAACCUCCCCCACCGCGUUUGGAGAACCUUCACCAGUGGAAUGCUCAUCCAGCCUCCCCAACGUCCCCCUCGACAUCCUCCCCUUCGAAGCGCCGGGCCCUCAAUCGAGCUCCUUCUGAGGAUCCUAUCUACUCUCCGGAUCUCAAUACAUCCCCGGCAUUUGACCUGAUGCCGCUCGAAGAAGCUCAGAGGUCCCCGGUCGGCUCUCCAACCAGCCAUCCGCCAAAUCCUUGGACCGAGAGCUUUGGAGACCGGGCCAAGCACGAAUAUACAGAGGCUGAAGAUCGGAGACAAUGGAUCCCGCCAGCGCUGCAAACGGCCUCAUAUGCGGCGGAAAACGGCUGGCACCAAGCACCACAGCCGGUUCCGCCAGCUCACAACGGCUCAACUGGGGAGGUUCCCGUACAGCUACAAUCAAACAACCCAUUUCUGAAGCCACGCUCGGUUGAUACAAGGCAGAACUCGACAGACUCCAAGCAUUGGAAUGAUCGACAUUCUCAUGCUUCAGCCAGUAGUGACCCUCUUAGCCAAACCGGGGGAUAUAUUCCUAUGACUGCCCGCCUCUCUUUACUGGACUCUUCGGAGCAACAGGAGUCUCCAUGGGCUGAUCACGAACGAAGUCACGAACCUUCUCUCGAACCGUUUCACGAACCUUUUCACAACCCUUCUUACAACACUUCUCACGAACCUUCUCACGAACCUUCUCACGCCGGUACCCGUCCACUUUCGGUGGACCCGCCCCACGACCCAUCCCCGUGGGGAUCACAGCAUUCGAUCAAGAUAUCAGCGCCUCAAGAGAUUUACCUUCCGGAUGGCCAAUCUAAUCCCUACGCACCCGCUUUGGUGGCUGACGGCCCGGCGAAUGACUCUUUUGGACUACAGCCGCCACAUACCUCGGGCAGACUUGGUUCAGAUGCUGGUUUCAAUACUCCCUCUAUGAUCUCCACGGCGACAUCCGCAACUUCACAUGAAUUGAUCGACUUGGAAGUUCCGAGCAGCGCAUUAGGAGUGGGGAUGGGAUCUCAGCAGGGCACAUCAUCCGUGUACUCGGAGGAGAUUGAAGGGAACGGCGGAAAGUCACUGCUGGACUCGCGAUUGCCGUCGACGGGAGAAGUACCCCGUCUGCCACCAAGAGAUGUUACGCUUCCACCACUUCCGAGCAGGAAGCUGUCACCCGUUGAAGCCGCUAGGCAGCAGGAGCAGCGAGCAGAAACUUAUUCGAUUCGCCAAAUCAACUGGACCAAUCGAGAGGGGAUCUUGCUGCAAUCGCCAAUCCUAGUCCAAAACAAAAAUGGACCCUGCCCUCUGCUUGCUCUAAUUAACGCCCUGGUAUUGCGCGCCGAUGAUCCAACUGCACAACCGCCCAUCGUGAGAGCAUUGAAGACCCGCGAGCAAAUUUCGCUGGGGUUGUUGAUUGAGGCUCUAUUCGAGGAGCUGACUACCUGUCUGGGCCCAAACGACGAGUUCCCGGAUAUCGAGGCCCUUACUCAAUUUCUCACCAUGUUGCAUACUGGCAUGAAUGUUAAUCCUCGUCUGACCUUGGAAACCGUGGAAUCUCUUGGCACUUUUCUUCAGACUCCAGACCUUCGCUCAUACAGCACAUUCGGAGUACCACUUAUUCACGGCUGGCUCGCAUCGUGGUCAAGCCCCGAGCAUGCUGCCAUGGCCCGGAUCGCUCAGUUCCAUGAGGAUAUCCAAUUAUUGCCUUUUCGCAAGCAAGACUUCGAGGAUCGCAUUAUGCGCGGGGAACCUUUAAGUCCGGAAGAAGAGCAAAACAUGGCAGACAUCCAGGCCAUUGAGAAUUUCGUGGAAAUUGAAAACGCGACACAACUAAGUCCAUUUGGAUUGACGCAAUUGUCAACACGACUGGCGCCAGGGUCUGUCUCUAUACUCUUCCGCAACGAUCACUUUUCUACUCUCUACAAACACCCGCAAUCUCAUCAGCUAUUCACCUUGGUCACCGAUGCUGGCUACGCGAACCAUGCGGAGGUUGUGUGGGAAUCUCUAGUCGAUGUGACAGGGUUCAACUCGGAAUUCCUCGCAGGCGACUUCCGUGCUGUUGGUCACGGUCCCUCCAGCUCGGCGGGUCCAACGAGUCCUGCUGGUCCGCGCGUGUCGAGUGCCAUUGAUACACAAUCUAACAACGAAGCGACUCAAGGCCCAUUGUCACCGCAAGAACAGAGUGACGCUGAUUAUGCCUACGCGCUCUCGCUUCAGUUCCAGGAGGAGGAACAGCGAGAACGUACUGAAAGUCAACAAAACAGUGACAAUGGCCCUGGAAGUGGUACCGGGCCUGGACGCGGUACCGGCCCUGGAAAUGGGACUGGCCCUGGAAAUAGGACUGGCCCUGGAAGUGGUACAAGCCCUAUUAAUCGCAACUCGGUCCCCGUUCGCUUGACUGGGCCUGCAGCUCGCAUGGAUCAUCCGCCUGCUCGGAGCUCAAGCACCGGCCUCAGGACUCGGCCGCCGCAGGGCAAUGCGGAUGCUGAUGAUCCUAACGCUCCUCCUCCUCCCUACGAACAAAGUUCUAGCGGCCCGCGAUAUUCACCUCCCGGAAGGCCGACUUUUGAUGACAUUCAGACCGAUUUCCAUACGGUGAAUAAUCGAAACUCCCGGAAUCGAUAUUCGCAGCCGGCAUUAAAUACGAACCGGUACAGUAACGACCGGAGCAGAAACAAAGAUUGCAUCAUGAUGUGA